UUCAAAACAAGACUCCAAAAAGACUCCAAAAAAUCCAAUCUCUCUCUCUCUCUCUCUCUCUCUCUCUCUCUCGCAAUGGUAGAAACCGAACCUUCCCUUCAAAACCCUAGCUCGCUAUCUCCAAGCCCUAACAAUGUCUCUCUCCCAGAAUCUCAAACCUUCCCUCCUUCUCCCCCCAAACCUAAUUUCUCUCUCCCGAUCCCCGCCAUUAGAGUCACCUCCGAGUUCGACAGCGACUCGGCCGUCUUCUUCCACAAGAUCUCAUGCAAGCUCUUCGAUCGCCUCGCCAAGCUUAAGCUCUCCUUCCAGAACAACCGCAACGGCGAGAUCUCUGACACCCAGAUCAGCUUCGUAACCAAAUACCUCUCCAUCCUCUAUGACCCCGAGGAACAGAAUGCCCUCGUCAAGGGAUCUUUCGAUGUCGGCAGCAGAUUGCAGUUCCGAGCUGCUCAGGACGUCAAGAGUGGUCAGAUUGGAGAGACAAAUUAUUUUCGUUUAGGAUGUUCAACAAAGUGUUUAUCUAUGUCAUGUACUAGCAAUGAUAACAAGUCUAUUCUCUCUUGCAUUAACUUGGCUAGUGUAUGCUUAUUCAAGUAUCACCAUAGAAAGGCACAACAAGGAGAGGUGGCAAUGGUUGCAAGUCUUACUGAUUCUUGUAAACUUGAAUUGUCUUCUGCUGUUCCAUCCAAUGGUUUGCCAAGGGCAACUGUUCGAUUCCCACUUGGUGAAGUUUCAGUAGAGGAAAAGGAGGAUGAAGAAAUGAAGAGAGCUUUGUCCAUAAAUGGGAUCUUGAAAGGUCAAAUUUUGAAUGGGGUAUGCACUGCACAAUAUAGGGAUGAUGAAUUGAAUCUCAGAUAUUCAUACAAGGAUGAGGAAAUGACAUUCAUCCCAAGUAUCUCUUUGCCAUCGAAUGUGCUUUCCUUUGCAUUCAAGCGGAGGUUCAGUCCUUCAGACAAAUUGAGCUAUUGGUACAACUUCAACUCCAGUUACUGGAGUACUGUCUACAAGCACACUGUUGGUAAGAACCUCAAAUUUAAAGCUGGUUAUGACUCGGAGGUUCGAUUUGGGUGGGCAUCUCUUUGGGUUGGGGAAGAAGAUGGCAAAGCGAAGGCGUUACCAAUGAAGAUGAAAGUUCAAUUUAUGCUACAAGUCCCACAAGACAACAUUGAAUCGUCUGUGUUCAUGUUUCGGGUCAAGAAAAGGUGGGACUUUUAACCCUUCAUCAAAUUUUUUUUUCCUUCCUGCAGCCCUUUAUUGUUUCCUUAAGAAAAUCUUGGUUGGAAACAGCGCAAUGGGGGGUUGCAACCCCCAUUGUUUGAUAUUGUAUCGCUACGUCCUGGAACUUUUCCAGUCAAUAUCUAUAUACUCAUUUGCCUUUGUUUUGUA